AUGUCUGAGAUUCGCCGAAAACUUGUAAUCGUUGGUGACGGUGCUUGUGGAAAGACCUGUCUUUUAAUUGUUUUUUCCAAGGGUACCUUUCCAGAACAAUUUUUUAACAAGUUAAUUAGUAGUGACUCUGAGAAAUUUCCACAAUUUGUCUGUAAUUAUCAUAAAUUUCACUGGUAUCAAUAUGUAAAGCUUCAAAACAAUAUUGUUUUAAUUACAGCUAAAAGACGAUGGUUGAUUACUUUAAUUAAAGUUUUUUGUAGUAUAGCAGCAAGAGUCUACGUUCCUACCGUAUUUGAAAAUUACGUUGCAGACGUAGAAGUAGAUGGAAAACACGUUGAAUUGGCAUUAUGGGACACAGCUGGUCAGGAAGAUUAUGACCGUCUUCGACCACUUUCUUAUCCAGACUCUCAUGUAAUUUUGAUUUGCUUUGCUGUCGAUUCUCCUGAUUCUUUAGAUAAUGUACAAGAAAAGUGGAUCUCAGAGGUAAUGCAUUUCUGCCAAGGAUUACCUAUCAUUUUAGUUGGUUGUAAGAAAGACUUGAGGUUCGAUUCCAAGACAAUCGAAGAGUUACGUAAGACGUCUCAGAGACCCGUGACACCGGAAGAGGGAAUGGGCGUUGCAACGAAAAUCGGCGCAUACAAAUAUUUGGAAUGUUCAGCAAAAACAGGUGAGGGUGUUCGUGAAGUAUUCGAACAUGCCACACGGGCGGCACUUUUGGCUAAGAGAAAGCCAAAAAAGCACAGUCUAUGUACAACUUUGUAG